GCUUGGCUCAGACAGGCAGGCCCUUCGAGGUGGUACGCGCGCAUGCCGGGGAGCCCACGGGUCCGCGGGUCCGCAGAUGAAGUCCCCGUAAAGAGGGUGCCUCCUGCUUCCUGAAGACCUCGUCGCCACGAGGUGAGGCUAAGAUGAGCAUAACGAGCGACGAGGUGAACUUCCUGGUGUAUCGGUACCUCCAGGAGUCAGGUUUUUCCCACUCAGCGUUCACGUUCGGGAUCGAGAGCCACAUCAGCCAGUCCAACAUCAACGGGACGCUCGUGCCGCCCGCCGCCCUCAUCUCCAUCCUGCAGAAGGGGCUGCAGUAUGUGGAGGCCGAGAUCAGCAUCAACGAGGAUGGCACCGUCUUUGACGGCCGUCCCAUAGAGUCCCUGUCCCUGAUCGACGCGGUGAUGCCCGACGUGGUGCAGACGCGGCAGCAGGCUUUCCGGGAGAAGCUCGCUCAGCAGCAGGCCAGCGCGGCGGCGGCGGCGGCGGCAGCAGCCACAGCGGCCACGGCAGCCACAGCGACGCCUGCAGGUGUUUCCCAGCCCAACCCACCAAAGAACGGAGAGGCCACGGUCAACGGGGACGAGAACGGAGCCCACGCCCUAAAUAAUCACUCCAAACCGAUGGAAAUAGACGGGGACGUGGAGAUCCCGCCCAGCAAAGCCACGGUGCUCCGGGGCCACGAGUCCGAGGUCUUCAUCUGUGCCUGGAACCCCGUCAGCGACCUGCUGGCCUCCGGGUCCGGGGACUCGACGGCGCGUAUCUGGAACCUGAACGAGAACAGCAACGGGGCGUCCACACAGCUGGUGCUGCGGCACUGCAUCCGGGAGGGCGGCCACGACGUCCCCAGCAACAAGGACGUGACCUCGCUGGACUGGAACAGCGAGGGGACGCUGUUGGCCACGGGCUCCUACGACGGCUUCGCGAGGAUAUGGACGGAGGACGGGAACCUGGCCAGCACCCUGGGGCAGCACAAGGGGCCCAUCUUCGCCUUGAAGUGGAACAAGAAGGGGAACUACAUUUUGAGCGCUGGCGUGGACAAGACCACCAUCAUCUGGGACGCCCACACGGGGGAAGCCAAGCAGCAGUUCCCGUUUCACUCCGCCCCCGCCCUCGACGUGGACUGGCAGAACAACACCACCUUCGCCUCCUGUAGCACCGACAUGUGCAUCCACGUGUGCCGGCUCAGCUGCGAUCGCCCGGUGAAGACCUUCCAAGGACACACCAAUGAGGUCAACGCGAUCAAGUGGGACCCUUCCGGAAUGUUGCUGGCGUCCUGUUCGGACGACAUGACGCUGAAGAUCUGGAGCAUGAAGCAGGAUGCGUGCGUGCACGACCUGCAGGCCCACAGCAAGGAGAUCUACACCAUCAAGUGGAGCCCCACCGGGCCGGCCACCAGCAACCCCGGCGCCAACAUCAUGCUGGCCAGCGCGUCCUUCGACUCCACGGUGCGGCUGUGGGACGUGGAGCGCGGCGUGUGCGUGCACACGCUCACCAAGCACCAGGAGCCCGUCUACAGCGUCGCCUUCAGCCCCGACGGCAAGUACCUGGCCAGCGGCUCCUUCGACAAGUGCGUGCACAUCUGGAACACACAGAGUGGAAGCCUGGUGCACAGCUACCGAGGCACCGGCGGCAUCUUCGAGGUGUGCUGGAACGCCCGCGGGGACAAAGUGGGCGCCAGUGCAUCCGACGGCUCUGUGUGCGUGUUGGAUCUGCGGAAGUAACCGGGACGUGCUGCUGCGGAGAGCCGGCGAGAACGCCAGCGGACCGGUGGACGGCGUGGGGGGGUGGCCGCAGCCUUCGGACUCGACCCUGUCGGCCUCAGCCCCACACGGCCGAGGCGCGCUGGCGUGGACCUUGAAGUCAGCUCAUCCCUGGCCACGGAGCCUCUGUUUUCCCGUAGUCCUCAUCCAGACGUUGGA